AUGGACGGUCGCAUAGACGGAAGCACGGAGGGACGGAACCAAGAACAAAUGGAUGGACGGAGGGCUGGCAGCGUGGGCGGAGGCGUGACGCUGUCGGCCGAGCCGUCGUGCUGCGGCGCCGCCGACGAGGACGGGGACGGGGGUGAUUCGGCGGAGCCCCUGGAGGAAGCGGCCUGUUUCUACGGCUCCGUGAGUCGCGAGACGGCCGAGUGGAUCCUCUGGGAGCGGGGAUGCGCUGACGGCCUGUACCUGCUGCGCCGAAGUGGGCCCGACUACGUGCUCUCGCUGUGCUUCGACCGCAGCGUGCUACACUACCGGAUACGAAGGCUCGCAGGUGCAGGCGUGGAGUUAUGCGGCCUACCGGGCCAGCAGUUCCGCGACCCUUGGGCGCUGCUCGAAGGGGUGCAAGGCCUGGCCACGAGACCUUCGCUGCCUUGCAACCGGGCCAGAGACGCCAUGCUGCCACCCACACACUGGGGGCUCUCCGACGACACCGUGCGCGCCUUCAUGCUCCUCAAGGCCCGCCAGUGGGGCAUGGACGAACAGCAGCUAGAUGGAAGCCCCACACCUGCGUCGCCGCAAGGGGUUCGACCCGAAGGCAGCGUUGGGCCCUGUGACCUUCGAUCUUUGCUCAGCAAGACCCUUCACGAGAUACAACCCUGGUUUCACGGACGGCUCAGUCGAGCCGACGCCGAGAGGCGGCUACAGGACGUCGGGCACCUGGACGGACGAUUCCUUGUCCGCGAGCGGGACGACAGCAGCUACGCCCUGUGCCUCAGCCACGGCGGUUCUGUGAAGCACUACAAGGUGGACGUGACCCCUAGUGGGGAAUUCGCCAUCCAGGACGGACAGCGCUUCCCCAGCAUUAUGUCGCUGAUCAGCCACUACACCCUCUUCAGCGAUGGCCUCUGGUGUCCGCUGACCGAAGCGUGCGUACGCCCCGACUGCCACCUGGUGGUAAAGCCGACCAGCACUGUCAGCAGGGUGGAGCAGCGGCGAAGCUUUGCGGCGACCACCACCACCAACACACGCACAGGCAUUCUCAACCGGCUCGUCGCCAGCAUCACGCCACAGCAGGCGAUGGAGCGAUCGCGGACCAUGCCUCGGCUUCGAGCACCAUCACGCCUAUCGUGCUCGUCACCGCCGCCGCAGCACCAACUCCACCUUCCGGCCACAUCAACUGCGGCCACUAUCGGCUGCCACCACUCCACGUGUGGAGCACACACAUCAUCAGGAGGUGGCCGGCGGUCAGCCAUGGGCAGCCGGCUGCACAAGGCUUCCAGCUUCGACCAUUUACUGCCAGGCUUCAUUAGCUACCUAUUUUCUGGAGACGGAGAUCGAAAGACAAUGCGUCGCAAGAGCUCGGGUGGCAAGAGGCUGCCGGAGAUGGAGCAGACCCUACCGCGCCGAGUGCCGUCGGUGCCGUCCGAGUAUUCGUGCGAGCGUCCUGUACCGGCACCGCGUCACUCGCUGGCGCGGCGGGACUAUCAGGAGGACCCCGUGUACGCGAACCGGCAGGCGCUGCUGCGGCGAGCGGCCGCUGCAGCAGCCGCUUCUGCUGCUGCGUUCGCCGAGUCCGGAACGGAGGCUACCGUCCACGACGAGGAACCCGCCGUGGAAGAAAGAGCCGCCCAAGAAGAGUUGACCCCACUGAUCGAGCUCGAGAGCCCACCGCCCGGUCCUCCAACUCCAGUGUCUUCGUCCUCGGGUCCCAAUCCUGGUGGCCCGUGUCGCCGAAGUGCCUCCUCUCCCAGCGUGGCUACACGAGCGCUCAUGCUCUCCGACCUGGACUCGUUCCCUCAGCCGGUGCCACUUCCCGACGAAGCCCGAAGCCCGUCUCCCACGCUGAUACUGUUCUCCGAGUGUGGUGACCUGGAAGACGGCCCGUACGAAGAGAUUGACUCGGCGGGAAGUCUCUCAGACUCGGCCACUCUUCCCGGUUCAGACAGCGGCGGCGGUGGCAGUCCGGCCAGCGGUCGCCUCAUCGACAUCUCUCAAGAGGACGACGUUCAUCUACCCAAGGACAAGGACUCGAGCGCGCCGGCAUCGCCUGAGAGAUACCUGCCACCGGGACCCGGCUCAGACGGUGGUCUCAAACCAUGGCUGUCCAAAGAGGAGUCCGAGUCAGCUUACCAGGCCAUGAAGCGCUUCGUCAGCGGACCCAUGAGCCUCGAUCCCAAGCUUAUCGUCCUCAAGGACAGAAUAGGCGUCGGCAACUUUGGUGAAGUGCACCGCGCAUUGUUCGGCAGUGGACCCGUGGAAGUCCAGAUCGCGGUGAAGAGGCUCCGAGACACGAUAGUGGGAGAUCACAAGGAAGAAAUCAUGAACGAGGCACAGACCAUGGCACAACUGGAUCACCCGCACAUCGUUCGUCUCAUCGGGAUAUCCCAAGGACAGUCACUGAUGUUAGUCAUGGAGCUGGCUCCACUAGGGCCCCUAAACCGUUUCCUAAGGCUUAAGAGAUCUCAGAUCCAAAAGAAUGGGGCUGGUCGUGUUCUGGCGCUGGCAUCGCAAGUGUGCGGCGCCAUGGCGUAUCUAGAAGCGAGACAGCUGGUCCACCGGGACCUGGCCGCGCGGAACGUCCUUCUGGUCAACGACCGCUUCGUCAAGGUCUCAGACUUUGGCAUGACGCGAGCACUGGGCUCCGGCAAGGACUACUACAAGGCGCAGGCGGCUGGCAAGUGGCCUCUCAGGUGGUACGCGCCAGAGUGCAUCUACUUCUUCAAGUUCAGCACUAAAUCGGACGUGUGGAGCUUUGGCGUUACCCUCUGGGAGGCAAUGUCUUACGGCGAGAGGCCCUACCAAGGUCUGGCGGGCCAGAGCAUCCUGGCAAUGCUGGAAAGUGGCAAGCGACUGGAGCAGCCUCACGACUGUCCCGACCGAGUUUACCAACUGAUGCAAUCCUGUUGGCAGUACAAGCCUGAUGACCGACCCUCGUUCACGGAAAUUUGUGCCACGCUUCGAGAGGCGCAAGAAGACUGCACCUGACCGAACGCUGAUGACGCGGCCAGCAAAACCAACUGCCCAAGAGGGGCCAGCGCCGACGUCUCAGACGCUGCCAUCAACCUGACGUCGUCGGUACAGCCGGUCCUCGAGCCGGGAACACAGUACCGCAAGGCACCGAUCUGUGAUGUUGUUACCGCACUUUGACACUCAGGAAGGCGCCUCCCACAUACGCAACACCAUCGACAAAUGCUCACGGCACUUCAUAUUUGCUGCUUCACGUGGCGGCUGGUCAUUGCAAGGGGGGGGGGGGGGGAGUGUUUUGUGGAAAACUUUUUUUCGCUUUACGGACAACGUUAGGAGGUGGAAGAAAAACGUUUUGAUUUUCCGUGCCACGCCUACAAGACUGCGGGGAAUGUAGAGGAGCGUGGAACACAUUGCGAAACUUGCCGAGUUCUUCAACCAUACCCUUUUUGAAUCUCCAUUUUGGGAUCCUUGAAUACUUUGCUAGCUUGACGUUAUCAGACUUAGCACGUCACCUUGCUAGCAUAAAAACUAUAUCGUCAUCAAGGACCUUUCAAAAUGAUUUCUGCAUAAUUUCUGUGAUAUCUAAGAGCCUUAUUUAAUUUGGUCAUCUCCGAACACUUUUUAACGGAACGAGCAACGAGUUUUUUUUUCUCAAGUACAUCCGGUCGAGCGCUUACUGCCCGCUUUUUAAACAUUAAUAAAAUUUAAUUUAUAGAAGUAUAACUUGUACGAAAUUAAUGGUUCUGGUCCAACUUCAUUGGAUUGGAUAGAUAUUCUAUUGAAGCAUACGUUUAUAUAAAGUAAAAACUAAUGCAGGAUCCGUAUCAAUAAUGAAAACUAAUUAAAUGAGUUCAUUGAUAGAGCAAGUGGUUUACUUAUGAAAAGCUGGUACUGCUGCCAAAUGUGCCGGUGCUGAUCUCAAGUACGCGCUUCUUUAUACGUAGCCUCUGACAUUCGCUUAAACUGUGCUACGAAAGACAUGUUUAAUUUCAAUAUACACGUGAACGCCGACGUGAGAGGCUCGGCUACCAGACAGCGAAGUCAAAGAUUAGGGCUGUCUCCUAUCUUCUUUUAUUGUUUUCCACGUAUUUUGUUCGCGAGGGCUUGAACCCGAGCUUGUUGGCAUGGCUUCAUCAUGAGAAACAGCACGGCCACACUGUUUUCGAAAGAGAAAACUUUGCGCUCGCUAACAACAUAACCGUUCAUUUCGUGUGAACAAAUAUAUAAACUUUCUUGGAAAGGGCAAAAAGAAGAAAAUAAAGCAAACUUGUUUUUUUUUUUCAUUUUCAAGGAAGCGAAUAUAUUUUGUACACAUGAAUAAAAGCUCAUGUUAGCCAGCGCAAAA